UGGGGAGAAACAGACAUCGAUAAGAGAGAAAUGAAGAAACAAAGCAUGAACCUGCCAGCCUUGGUCAUCUGUGCUUUUCUGCUGAAGAGCAUUGUUGCUGAGGACGAUGAUGGGUCCCCAAAGCUUUCCAACGAGACUGUCACUCAAACCGUCACCAAGACAGUGGUGACCACGGUAGAAGCAACACAGCCUCCCCUGAUGAUGGGUCGAAUCGAAUCAGUUAGUUUAGUUCGCCUCUACACUACGGCUAACGUGUCCCUGAAAAGGGUGGAAUGGUCUGGCUCUCUGCCUCAGAGGGCUGUGAAGGUCGACAUCAAUGGAACAGGAGAAGAGGACUACAUCUGUGCUCCUCGUACUGGCUGCAACAUGACCACUGGCUUCUACAGCCCCUCCAAAGGCCCAUUCUGCUUUCACACCUGCGAUGGGAAGGAGGACAAAUCCUCAGAGUUUGACAUACUCGUCGAUGAGUUGAAAAGCACCGUUGCUGAGGACGAUGAUGGGUACCCAAAGCUUUCCAUCAAGCCUAUCACUACAAGCUCCACCAAAACAGGGGAGACCACGGUAGAAGGAAAGCAGGCUCCCUGGGGGAGGGCUCGACUCAGAUCAAAUAGUAGAGUGAAUAACAAGGACAACAUGUUCCUGAAAUGGGUGCGAUGGUCUGGCUCUCUGCCUCAGUGGGCUGUGAAGGUCCACAUCCCUGGAACAGGACGAGAGGACUACAUCUGUAGCUUUGAUAUGGUCAGUGGUUACUAUAACCCUUCCUUAGGCUCAUUCUGCUAUGGCUCCUACCUAGGAAGAGACAAAAAAUACUCAGAGUUUGACAUACUGGUCAACGAACAAAACUUGGAGCUGUUGGAGUGGAAGGCUUUCGCACCUAAAUACCUCAAGAACGGAGUGCCAGCGGAUAAAGACAGUAACAACGCGAGUAGACACAGUGAGGAAAAUUGUGAAAUUCUGACACUGCAAACAGGCCAAUCAAAGACGAGGAUUCAUAACAUUGAGUACCACAUUGAUGAUCUGGCCAUGCUUUCCCAACAACCCACCGUGUUCAAUCAGAUGAGAGUGGAGAACCAUAACUGCAGAGACAUAGACCAGGAGGUGCAUCUGGAGGGGAGCACAGAGAGACAGAGUUCCUGGGAGACGAGCAUCUCCAACAGCCUGACUCUCUCUGCCUCCAUAGAAGUUACAGUACCGUUCGUCUCUGUCUCUGCAGGAGUUGAAUACUCAAACUCCAAAACUCUCACCAACGGCAACUCUCUCACUGAGACCGUCUCUCACUCUCUCACCGUGAAAGUCACCGUCCCUCCCAACCACUCCUGUGUGGUGAAGAUGGCAGGGAAGACGAACAAGUUCGACAUCCCGUACAAAGCUCAACUCUCCAGGGAGUUUACCGAUGGGAGAGUCCAUACCAUCCCAGUGUCUGGGACGUACAAAGGUGUCCAGGUGGCGGAGAUGCAUGCUGUGGCAGAGCGCUGCCUACCCCUCCCCAAAGCCAAGCCCUGCCCGUAACCAACAGCUAUAUACCAUCCUAAAUCUGAUGUUUAGCAAACUAACAGUCACAUGAAAUACUGUAUGCUUAGGACCUCUUAAAAUACUGAUUGAUUGAUUUUCCCUGACAACUUCUGAUUGAUGACUACUCUUGUUUAAUUGAAUUUGAACCUAAUCACAUAUUAAAGACCAUUCUUUCUG